AUGUCUCUGGGCUCCCUCGGAUUAUUCGAGGAAUCGCCGCCCGUGCACCCGAGUUUCUUCAAUGCUUUCGCGGAUGGAAACGAGGUGAUACGAGAGUUACUCGGUUACCUGAGGGUCACUCGCAUGCUGGCUUCAUUUACUCAGCAAACACUCAGCCGGUUCCGAGACGAAUUUCCUGGAUUUCGCCGAAUCGAUACCGUGGCUGGUCCUUUUCCCGUCCGGAUCCGGGAUCGGGGAGGAAUCGGAGGAUGGAGCAAAUGGAGGAUGGAGCAAAUGGAGGAUGGAACAAAUGGAGGAUGGAGCAAAUGGAGGAUGGGGCAGGUGGAGGAUGGAGCAAAUGGAGGAUCCACCAAUCAGGAAGGACGCGGCGUGAUCGCGUCGGGAAGAUCCACCAAUCAGGAAGGACCCGAUGGCCCGGCUCGCCUCGGAGCCACCGAGCCUCCACAAGCCGAGUCAGUGCCCAGUCGGACGGCGGACGAUCCGCUCGGUCGCCGGAUCCCUCCGAGUCCCAUCGCGGUGUCGAUCGAAAGUCUGGAACUCGACCGCCUGGUGAUACGUGCAAAAUGCUUGAAGCCUGAAAAAGCCACUCGCCACCUCGCUCGAAACGGCCUAUCGUCGACCUCACCCCCUCCAAAGGCUUCAAAACAACGGGAAGACGAGACUCGAGUGGGCCCAAUCGAUGCCUGUCGCGGCCAUUCCACUCCAUCGUGUCGAGGCUUGCCCAUGCAAUACGUGAGCGAAAUAUUGCAGUUCCGAUACGAAAUCGUCGCCAAGUCUGCUAAAGCGCAGCCCGCCCCAAUACGUCGUCUGCUGACGUCACGUGGUUCAAGAAUCGCGCGGGCGUCAGUUAGGUUAGAUCCUUAA